CGAUGGCGAAGUUUCAAUCUGGUUCUUCGCCAGAAGAAGGCCACAGGCCGACAGUAGAUAGUGUUGCGAAGAAUAAAGGAGCCUCAGAUCUUAAACCUAAGGGUGCAGAUUUAGGUUCAAACGAGAUAAUAAUGCAGAUUCAAGCAAGCCAGUUGAGUUCUAAUGAACCAGCGUCAAUAGAAGAUUGUAAAUUAUUAAUAGGAAGUAUAGGUAAAGAUAAAAAUGAGAUUGGACAGAGAGAAGUGUUAGAUUUGAGAUCCAAGACGGAAAUUGCUGUUGUAGAUUUAGAUUCGAACAACGAUCGCGAGAUAAUAAUGAAGAUUCAACCUAGUCAGUCGAGUUCUAGCGAACUUCGACUGGGAGAAUGUUGUUGGCCCACAAAAGAAAGCACAGCGGAUGAUAAAAUUAAAAUUUGCGAUCGAAAGAUCACUUCUGAAAGGGAAAUAAUCGAUGUAGAACUAGGAUUAGAUAAAACCAUUCUUGUCUCGAAGGAAAGACAUAGGUCGACAGUAGAUGCGAUCAAUGACAAAAUAGGUACCGACCGAUCUAGUUUUAGUAAAAUUAAACCGGAAAAGAGUCCUGAGUUGGUGAAAAAUGUCGCGAAAGAGAAAGUUGAUAUUAGUAACAAAAAAAUUAAUGCUAAAAAAGAAAUAGUCGAUAUAGAAUUAGAUUUUAUUGAUGCUGAUGAUGUUGUCAAAGUUCAACCUGUUCAUUCCAAUCAUAGUAUCAUUAGAUUACAGGAAGAUCAUAAGUUAAUGAUAGAAAAACUCACAAACGAAUUUAAAAGUAAGCUCGACAAGGAAAAAAGUGAGUCUAAGGAAAAUUUACAGCUGGAUAAGACAAGUCAAGAUGAUACGGAAUUAAUAAGAUGUAAUUCAGAGAAGAAAAAUAACGUUGAAAUCGACGACGCGGGAAUCAUUUCCGGAAAGGAAAUAGCCAGUCUUGAAGUGGAUAAAGUUGAACAUCUAGAAGACAAGGCAACCACUUCAUCACCAAACAUUUCUAUCACAUCAUUGGAUGGUCGUCACGAAUGUGCUCUCUCCGAUUUCAGCGUAGACAAAGAAGAUUAUCGACUCAAUCAAUAUGGUCUUAAUGAAGAUGAAGAGGAAAAAGAAUCUACAUGUACCGCCAGAUCAAGUUUGACGAAAUACAUUAACGAUCAAAAAGAAGAUACCAUAGAUGACUUUGCAAGCGAUGACAAGACUAUUACUAAAGAAAUUCAAAUAUAUAAUAGUAAAGCAUUGGUCAGUACAAUGAUUCACGAGAAUCACGAAAAAGAUUCUGAAUAUUUUAUAACCAAAGAGAUUGACAAUCGUGCAAAAUCUUCUGAAGAACUAGACCAAUCGAAGUUUAUUGUGGAAUGGUCUCAAGCUGAGACAGAAGCGGAGAAAGUCAAUGUUGAAAACGAAGAACGAUCCGAAGAAGUAUCAAGAAUAUCGCGAAAAAUCGAUAACGAAAGCAGAAUGGAAAAAGAAUCAGAGUUUGAUGCACAAUUUUCGGAGAGGCGAACUACAUCUUGCGAUUCGAGUCUCGAAAUAGACGGAAAAUACCUCAAAUCGAUUGUAAAUUCGCGCAAGAGUCCAAGGAAGAUCACGGUAGAUCAGAUUCGUGAGUUCGAAAUCAAGGAGCAAUAUAUAUCCAUUGAUGAACCGGAGGCGAUUCAAUCUGAAGAAUUGCAAAGUUCUUUUAUAAAGACGAAGAGUUCCGAAAGACUCGAGAAGGAGCAAAUUUGCGAUACAGAUGCUGAUGUCGAAAAGAAAGAUAAAAUUUUUUCUGAGAAUCGGGAGACUCCUCGUGCAGAAAAAGUCUUCCAAAGCUCUUCAGAAUCGACUUCUAAGGGGAAGAGUUCUAAAAAAAUUGAAGAACCUCAAGAUGAGCGCAAAUUCAAAGAAUCCAACGAUCGAGAGGCAUCUCGAUCUGAGAAAGCGUCUCAAAAGUCUUCAAAAACAUCCACAAGCGCAAAGAACUCCAAGAAGAGCAAACAGAGCCAAAUAUUUUACAGAAACGACGAAAUGAAAAAUUACGAUCGAUCUGUCAACGAUCGCGUUAUUUCUCAAUUGGAGGCAGUCUUCCAAGAUUCUUCGAAGAAGUCUUCAACAAAAACGGAAAUUCCCAAGAAAGAUCCUGAAAACCGUAUUGAAUUGAAAAAGCAAACUCGACCUGCCGACAAUCGAGAAUUCUUUCGAUCCGAAGAAUUCUCUCAUCAUUCUUCCAGAACAUCUUCCACAAAGAGCCCGAAAAAAACUAAGGAUCAAAAGACCGUGAGACUGAACGAUGACAAAAUGCAACAAGGACAAGAAACGAUAAAAACGACGAAAGACGCCGAUAACAGAACGAAACGCGAUCUCAACGAUAUUAAAGACGUGUACACGAGGAAGGUGCGGCGUUACAACGUACCCCUUCAGGGUAGCUUGGACUCAAUGAUCGUAUCUGACGAAUCGUCCGCGCAAAAGCCGAAGAAAGAUGAUGCGUUUUCAAAGAAGUCAAAGAGUUACGAGUCAAUCAAACGCAUUCAAGAGGUGUUUUUAGGCGUGCCAUCGACAAAGACGAACAGUAGCAGUUCGCAGCUUGACAUUCCGGAUGAAUUCUGCUCAAUUUGUUGUUACAUGAAUGAGAUCACCUUUCGAACAGAAGAGGAAGUGAGCAGCCCGAAUCAGGAGACAUUUUACACGCUCAGGUCGACCUGUAGCUCGCUAGCUGACGAUGAUGACAACGAUUCGAUCGAAUGCGACAUUUGCGGUUCGCUCAAUCUUCAGGAGUCCACAGAUGACCUCGAAGAUAAAAUUCAGGAGAUUCCCUGCGAACUUUGCAGAAUCUGCGGCGAGGUGGACGGUAGUUAUGACCAGGAUUCCAUGCCGAUAGAUAGAUAUGCUUUCAAACUUGUCGAGCAUCAGGAUGAUGAUGAUAGCUUUGAGAUCGAAAAUUGCGGCUUUCAGAGUGGCACAGAAUCGGCUGAUGACCGAAGUAGGCUCUCGGAGAAAGAAAAGAUCAAAGAUACUGGAAGAUCAAAGUCGCAGUCCUUAUUCAUUCACGGUUCCUCGAUGAUCAGGGAUCAGCCGCGAGAGUUAUACUUUAUACCCAAGGAUGAGAUUGCCAUAUUGACGAGCGGAACCAGAAAAACCGGCCGCAAAGGCUCUUUAUUCAGGAAGAAGGAAGAUUCUGACGGAAGCGCUCGAGAUAAAAGAAGAUAUUCUUCAGUGGACAGUCUUCAACUGGCGAAAAUGUCUCCGAAAGCGAAUGACAAAGCGCUCAAAACCGCAAAGAAUCCGACACUGAUCGGAUCUGCAGAUAAUUUGCUGAUAACGAAAGAUUCAAGUAAAUCCAAGUCUCUUCAGAGAUCGACUGAUAACCUGGACGUUCUAAAUUUGCCCACCGAUAAUUUAGACUCGACGGAAAAUCUAGAAAAGGUAAGCGAUGCUGAAGGAUUGGCCGAGAAAUCAAAUAUCCGAGAUAAGGAAGCGGUGAAGAUGAUUCUUACGCAGCACGGAAUCAAGGUCAUCAGCGAGAAGGAGACUGCCUUAUAACUGACCGAGUAUUUGUAAAUGACUCGAUUUGAGGAGGGAUGGAAUAUUUUAAGCAGUUUAGAAAUUAAAAAUUAACCAAAAAAUUCAAUAUACAUACUUAUAUAUGCGAAGCAAGAAACGCGUUAACGUCUCGCAUCAAAUGAUAUAGAUAUGUGACAGUAAUUUUAUAGAAAGAAAGAAAUUUUUUUUGGACGUGUACCGAAUGAAUAAGUAUGAAGAAAAUGUGCAAAAUUUUUCUGUGACUUAGAAUUCAAUAUAUAUACAGGAUAACAGGAUAAAUAUAUACAGGAUAGAAAUUUUAAAAAAUGUUAAAUAAUGGAGUUAAAAUAUUAUAAGGAAGUUUUAUCGGUUUUUAAACACAAGUAUUUCCGCACGACAAUUAUUUCGAUAAAAACCGAUAAAAUUUUUAUAACAAAAGAAGGAAAAAAAGAACGAUAUAUAUAAUUUAUAUCUAAAUAUAUUACACAAAAGAAAUGUGUAUAGCAGUUUAAUAGAAUUUGCAAAAUUAAGAUUUUUUUUUAGGAGUAUUAAUAACUAAUUAACACACUAAUAGUUUUUUUAAACAACUUGUAUAAUUAAGUAAAUAUAAUUUGAUAUGUACUUUUUCUGUGACAGGUCACAAAAUUAAUUACAUAAUUAACAUAUUGUUAAUUAUUUGUAAUUUAAUUACCUGAAAAAUUUUAAAAAUGUAUUUUACUAUAUAUAAUAUUAAUUUAAUUAAUUUAAUGAGAGGAAAAAAGAAAGAUGAGUGUCAAAUUUAUAGUAUAGUAGCGCCGAACCGUAAUUAUGUUAUUAUAUCGGUAUCUCGGCUUUGCAUAAAUAUUUGCGCCAUAACAGUAUUAUGCAAUUAUUGCAAAACAGUUAUAUUAUAAUUAUUAUUAAAGAUUUAAUAUACGAUUUAAAUCGAUAGCCCAAUAUUUAGGAAGGACCAAUGGUGGAAACUGUUAUUCUCGAUAAACGAUCGGGAAAUUGUUGGAUGAUUUAAGACGCAAGACUUGCAUAUGACAUAACAAGACAAUCUUAAUAACAUUUUACAGUCAAUAUUGCACAGAACAAUUGUAGAUAUAAGUGACAUCGAUUUAACAUCGAUUUAAGGAUAACGCUUUGCUCUGAAUUUAUACAGGGCGAAAAAUGAAAAAAUUAUUUCUUGGAUGUGUCGUUUCUCUUAUGUAGAUUCUUCCAGAUGUUCUUCCAUGUAGAAUUUAAUUAAUUAUUCAAAUUUUGAGGUACAUUUAACAUAUAAAACUUUGAUACAUUUAUUGUUUAUAAUUUAAUAAUUUAACAGACUGGUUUCUUAAUGUAACUUGUCAAAUUGAAAAUUUACUUCUCCUUGACAAACAUGUCGAUUGUUUGGGGGAUAUUUUCUUAAUAAAAUAGUAUAAUAAAUUAAUUAAUUUAAUUAUUUGGCUAACAUUGAAAACUAAAAAGAUAUACAUUAAACAUAGUAUCAAUAUUUUUAUCUCAAAGAAAAAUGAAUUUUAAACUUGACAAAGAAUUUGAUUUUCACGUUUUUUCGGAAUAUCAUAUACGCGAAAUAUAUAGAAGUAAUGAAGUGUUAAGAAAUUGUGAAAGAGUCUAUAUUAUGGCGUAACAAUCAUUAAUAAGCUCUUAUGCAUUUUUCAGCUUUUUACUUCGUUAUCUGUACGUUUAUUUAUUUUUGCAUGCAAAUGCGGAAUAUGUAUGCGCAGCUCUGUAUUAUUACGAAACACUUUCUCUCUAUAACAAAAAAGUAUUUCGCGUGCAUAUUUUUUAGCUUUAACUGCAUAUAAAGAUAUUUUAUACCAGUAGAAAUUUUUGUAUCAAGCUUGUCAGGUUUGUUGUGAUAUAUAAAACAAAAAUAAUUUUUUUAAGGAUCCGUAGUGCGAUCAGUAGUUUAUCAAUUAACCAAAUAGUAGUUAUUAUCAGCUUAUUCAAAAUGUUGAUAUAUGUCAUUGAUCGUUUGAAAACUUCUUUACAACGUCUUUCCCUCCCACCCUUUUGUAAUCUGCUUAAUAUCUCUUUUUAUUCACAGACAAUGUUUUGAUAACAUCUUUUUAAGCUCUAUUUACAUUAAUCCUAAGUAUUUAGAAUGCUAAUGUGAGUUACUUUUUGCUUACUGACUUGAUGAUGAGAAUUCCCUUUCAUUUUAUUUUAUAAUAAUACGCGUCUGUCAUCGCUUGAGGCAUUCAACGAUGAUAAAUAAUUCUCAUCUUGAUUAACAGACAACACCAAAAGUACCUUUAAAUGUUGAAAUAAAACCACCAACGUUAAGUCCCAAAGUCCAAAAGAUUGCACGAUUGUCGACAAUAUGAUCUGAUAACGAUGAUUAUCUUAAAAAUAGAUUUCUUCCUUCAUUUCAGAUUCGAUGCUUGACGUUUUCAUGACAUCUUCUGAUAGCUUACAGAUGUUCAGAUCUUCUCUCUGUUCGCUGUACUUAUUUCUGUGUUAUGUUUACUUUCCCAUUCAAUUUAAAAAUGCAUGCAGUUUAAUCCUUCGUUUUUCAUAUACAUUUAUUAAAGUUCAAAUUUAGACGAUCUAUGUAUUUUGUUAUAUAACAAGAUAUAUAAGUCCGUCUUUUUGGGUUGAAUAUCGAGUCGUUUAUAAGAAAAAUAUUAUAUUUUGAAAGUUUCAGUUUUAUGAAACGCUCUCAUGAAUUAGUUAUUUUACGACAAUCAAAUAUUAAUUAAAAUAAUAUUUUAUAAAAAUUACUUUAGUUUCGCGAGAGAAAAAUUUUUUAUUCUACAAUUCUGUAUCUGUACAUAGAUUAAUAUAUUAGGAAACUUAUUUUGCACAUUAAAAUUUGAAAGUUUAAUCGUCACAUCGCGUGCAUUCCGAUAUGUAAAACUUUAUUCUUCUCGUUUGUUGAGCUUAUGAGAUUUUAAUUAAACUAUUUAUUGAAUACUUAUUGAAGGCGUGUAUCUUAAACUUAAAACCCAAAAUGACGCGAUGACAGCUGGUAUGCGUUUUUCAGUUCUGAUGGAGCAUGUGACGUGUGUUUUCCAGGAUACGACAAAACCUGCAUGC